AUGCUGGGCCCCGCAGCCCGCUCACCUGUCCUCACCCACACCCGCCAUGCUGGGCCCCGCAGCCCGCUCACCUGUCCUCACCCCACACCCGCCAUGCUCGCCCCGCAGCCCGCUCACCUGUCCUCACCCACACCCGCCAUGCUGGGCCCCGCAGCCCGCUCACCUGUCCUCACCCACACCCGCCAUGCUCGGCCCGCAGCCCGCUCACCUGUCCUCACCCACACCCGCCAUGCUGGGCCCCAUGUUGCUCUGUCCUCCGCCCUCCUGGAGAGGAAGGGCCUGCGCUCCACAGGCUGCCAGCUCGGGGAGCUGCCUGGACCAGUUCUAGCUCCUCAUCCGCCCGGCACCCGAGUUCCUGGGCUGCCCUCAGAGCGCUGGGGCGGGGAGAAGCAGCGUCCCCGCAGGCGGGGCCGGCAGCCGGCCGGUGAGUUUCUCCUCACGGGGUUUUCGGACUCCUGCACGGUUCAGCUCACACACGCGCUCCUGUUUUCACUAGUGCACCUGGCGGCUCUCGCCGGGAACCUCCUGAUGGUCAAGGUCACCAGCGUGGACGCGCACCUGCAAACCCCGAUGUACUUCUUCCUGAGACACCUGUCUUCCCUGGACUUCUGCUUCAUCUCUGUCACCGUCCCCAAGUCUGCCGUCAACGCCUUCACCCACGACACCUCCAUCUCCUUCUGGGGCUGCGCCCUGCAAGUCUUCUUCUUCAUGGACUUGGCGUCCACGGAGACGGCCCUGCUCACAGUGAUGUCCUGCGACCGCUACGUGGCCAUCUGCUGGCUGCUGCACUACGAGGCCGUCAUGACCCCGCGUGCCUGUGCCAGGACCAUGGCCCUGUGCGGGCUGAGUGGCGGUGUCUCUGGGGUCAUGCACGUGGUGGCCACUUUCUCCUUGCCCUUCUGCGGGUCCAACAGAGUCCACCAGUGCUUCUGUGAUAUCCCGCAGCUGCUCAGCCUCCGGACUCCACAGCCUUCCUCUGAGGUCAGAGUCAUGGUCUUCGUCACCAGCCUGGUGCUUCUGUGCUUCGGCCGCAUCGCGCUCUCCUACGCGCAUCCUCUCACCGUCCUGACGAUCCCUUCCGCAGAGGGCAGGAAGACCUUCUCCACUUGUGUCCCUCACCUGGGGGUCAUCACCCUCGUUCUGGGGUCGGGCAGCGUGGCCUACGUGCAGCCCAUCUGGAGCUCCCUCUCCGACCUGCGGCUGCCUGUGUUCUGCAUGGUGGUCCCCACCCUGAGCCCCGUCACCUACAGCCUGAGGAACAGGGACAUGAAGGCAGCCCUCAGGAGGCAGUGUGCCCUGGGGGCCCCCACCGGACUGCGCCGCUGGCCCGUCCUAGCCAGGGAGCCACCUCCCCGGGAAGCACCGGCGGCAGGCGCCUGGGACCCUCCGGGCGUGUGCGCGGCCCAGGGCCCCCUUCCCGCUGCGAUCCAUGCGGACGUGCCCCGGGAACGGCACCACAUCCCUGCUCUGCCUGUUUACGAUUCCCUCAAGUCUCGCUUCCACCCGACGAGCGGGAUUUGCUGGUACUUCUGGAGGGCCACGUGA